GAGUUCGAGAGUUUAUAUGUGUGUGUGUGUGUGUGUGAGAGCGAGAGUGAGUGAGUGUGUGGCGGAGGGAUGUCUCCGGUUAUCCGGUCUUCCGCUCAGUUUUCUGCUGUGAUUCGCCUGCUUUGAAAAUGGAGUUUUCGUAAAACAGAUCCCUCAAACUUGUAAUGAAGAUUUCCCGUUCUUUGGCAUAUUCCUGUCACAUAUUUCAUUCGAAACCAAGAUUUCUCUUCGCCUCCAGUCUCUGUGAGUGUGUAGAGAAAGUGUAACUAAUCGAGGCGUUGAGUUUAAUGCUGUAAUUGUGCCGUGUGAAGUUGUCUAUGAAGGGAGUCGCUUGAUCGUUCAUGUGGAUAUUCCUAACUCACUGUUUCUGGGUUUUCGGGAUUGUUUUCACAUCAGGAUGAGGAAGACGCCGGUGAUUUCCCCGCUGGAUGUGAUUUAUAUGUCAGAUCGAUUAAAGUAUUGUUUUCAUUGGUUUCAUACACCCGUCAGUGUUUUGGGCUCUCGUGCAGCAUGCUCGACUGCAGAUCGGAGGGGUUUGUGUCAAUAACGGCCUUUCACGGUGAUUUGAUGGAGAAAAUGGAGAUCUUUGCGCUUUAUUUCAACGCCGUGAGCGCGAGCAACAUGUUAUUGCCAGGAUUUGGAUCCCCGUGAGAAGACAAUGAGCGAAGAAUCAAAUCCAAAUAGCGAUGAGUGUUACGCGCGUGUGAGAGCGGUGGUGAUGACGCGAGAUGACUCAAGCGGCGGGUGGUUUCCUCUAGGCGGUGGCGGACUCAGUUGCGUCACCGUACACAGAGUCAGUCGACCGGAUACUGAUGGCACCGACUUGCCAGAGCACCUCAUCCAUGGAGAACGGCUCAAAGACAAAACGGUGGUGCUGGAGUGCAGUAUAAAAAAGGAUUUGGUGUAUAAUAAAGUGAACCCGAUCUUCCACCACUGGAGGAUUGACAACAACAAGUUUGGACUGACCUUCCAGAGUCCAGCAGAUGCCAGAGCCUUUGACAGAGGAAUACGGCGAGCCAUGGAGGACAUUAAUCCAGGCUGCCUGCUGUACAGGGACACAGAAGCUCCUGACGAUACAUCCUCACAGGCCAAUCAGGAGACUCCAUCUGUGUGUACGCCGGUACGGGACGUCUUCUCUCCUCGUGGUGUCGUGUCCACUGAAGCCUUCCGAGGAUCUUACGUUCGAGUCGAACUGUUUAAUGAGAGUCACUCUGCCAACCGCAGAUAUCCACCGCCACAGGUUUCCUUCAACACGAUCCGCCACGUGAGUUUUCAGAUGGACGACGAGGAGAUCGUUCGCAUUAAUCCCCGUAAGGACGUUCUGAUCCGAGGCUACGAGGACUACCGGCACCCCGUCCUGUGGAAACAAGAUGGUGAGUUCGAGGAUCUGGACUUCAACAGCACCUUCUCCAAACCGGAUUGGAAGAAGUGUGCGUAUCUGUACCCAGAGACCUCCGAGAGCGCCAAAGACUCCAUAAAGACGCAACAGCCAUCGCCAAUGCUCAAGUCCAAGACGUCCCGGCGGCGCGAGGAUGGCGAGCGUUCGCGCUGCAUUUACUGUCGCGAGAUGUUCAAUCGCGAGGACAACUGCCGCGGUCGGUGUCAGGACGCGCCCGACCCCAUCAGGCAGUGCAUCUAUAAGCUGAGCUGCAUGCAAUGUGCUGAGAGCAUGCUGUACCACUGCAUGUCUGACUCUGAGGGCGACUACUCGGACCCGUGCUCUUGCGACACAAGUGAGGAGCAGUUCUGUGUGCGCUGGCUCGCUCUACUCGGCCUGUCGCUCAUCGCGCCCUGCAUGUGCUGCUACCCACCGUUGCACGCGUGUCACACCUGCGGGGAGGCGUGUCAUUGCUGCGGCGGAAAACACAAGGCCACGGGGUGAGUGCCUGCACGACUGCUGCUGUGUUUUUCAUUCGCCUUUCAUUCGUGAAGCGUUCCUCGCAACCAGAGGUUUGAUUGAGCCGCUGAUACGAGCAGUUGAUCAGAUCAGAGCUCGACACGUCUCAAGGAGAGAGUUCUUCAACGCUCGAUGACACCACACAGUCUGUGUAAACUAUGUGAAGAAAUGUAGUCUUUUGUACAGAGAUCAAAUGAUUCUAACAAACAAUUAAUACAAAUUGUGCAUAAAACAGGAUGUACUGUAUGAGAAUGCUAAAAGGGAUUGGUUUUGUGUGUGGAUCUGCAGUUCUUAAGCACAAGAUUUAGCACAGAAAAAUUGGCACUUUUAUUAACCAAAGUGGCAUACAACUGAUCACAAUGUAUAAUCAGGACAUUAAUAACAUGAAAAAUUACUAUUACAAUUAAAAACAAAUGUUCAGAACAUCUUAAACUACUUCAAAGAGUUCUCAUCAAAAAUCCUCCAUGUGCAGCAAUGACAGCUUUACAGAUCCUUGUUAUUCUAGCGGUCAGUUUGUCAGUUUCACCCCACACUUCCUGUAGCACUUGUCAUAAAUGAGUCUGUCUUGUACCAAAUGAUCAGUUUAUCACUCAAUUACUCGAGGAUAAGGUGUUGGAGUGAUGCUGCUGUCUAAAUUUGAUCAAAAAUGACUUUUUUCAGAUAGUGAUGAUGCUGUCUUAUACAUCAGUAAUGUGCUGACAAUAUUUUGUGAUCAGUUGAAUGCCACUUUGGUGAAUUAAAGUACCAAUUUCCUUCAAAACAGCAAAAUCUGAACAUUAUUCCAAACUUUUGGCCGCUAGUAUAAAAAUAUAUAUAUAUAUAUAAUGUCCAAAACAAGAGAACAAUUUGACAUAUUUACAGGAAUUGUUGUAUUUACAGUGCACUUAACAGUUUUUUUCAGUUUCAAAAACAGUUUUUUAGUAGUUUGGGUCGUGAGAUAUCAGGCUUUCAUCAUGAGCAGUAUUGGGUGUAAUUUGAUUACAGACUAAUUAGUUAAUUUUUUAUACACAAAGUAGUGCAUUACAUAUUACAUUUUGGUAUCAGAUUAUACAUUGACUCAAUGAAGUAAAUUACUCUGAAAUACUUGACAAUGGGUUAUAGAUUAUUUAGUAGAAUACAUUUAAAAGAUGAAUUAUUCAUAUAAUGCAUGUCUGUUUGUAUUUCUCUGAAGUUACUUCAGAGUCAUUAUAAGAGAGAAAUUAAUGUGAGAACAAUCAGUGGAAAAGGAAAUAUAGACAUUACUUUAAAUUGUAUGUGCAGAAAAACUAAAUUUUAAGUAACUUAAAAGUAAAUUAAUUAGUAAUGUGAUUGCUUUUCUCAUGAAUUAGUCAAGUAAUCUGUAAUCAAGUAAUCUUUCUUAAAGUAAUUUUUAAUUUGCAGUGAAUUAACCCAACACUGAUCAUAAGUGUGUUUAUUGAAGGGUGUUCAUUAUGAGUCUAACAAGGUACUUCAAUUAGCAAUUAAUUCUAAAAGAGACAAACUAUCUUGUAAAAGCGAUUUAGCUACAAAAUAACAUUUCUGCUCUGAUUUUACACCACAGAUAGAUACAAAUGUAUACACACAAACCCUGCGCAAUCUAAAGUGGCAAGAAAAAGUAUGUGAACCCCUUGGAAUUAGCUUUUUCUGCAUUAAUUGCUCAUUAAAUGUGAUCUCAUCUUCAUUAAAGUCACAAGUACAGACAA